AUGGCCGCUGCCCGCCUCGCACGGGGGCCGGAGAUCCUGCUCCCGGGGCUGCUGCUGCUGCUGCCGCUGCUGGGGGGCCCGGGCCGGGGGGCGGCCUUGAGCGGGAACGCGACUGGGCCUGGGCCGCGGAGCGCGGGCGGGAGCGCGAGAAGGAGCGCGGCCGUCACCCGCCCUCCGCCGCUGCUGAGCCACUGCGGCCGCGCAGCCCCCUGCGAGCCGCUGCGCUACAACGUGUGCCUGGGCUCGGCGCUGCCCUACGGGGCCACCUCCACGCUGCUGGCCGGGGACUCGGACUCCCAGGAAGAAGCGCACGGCAAGCUCGUGCUCUGGUCCGGCCUCCGGAAUGCCCCCCGCUGCUGGGCAGUGAUCCAGCCCCUGCUGUGUGCUGUGUACAUGCCCAAAUGCGAGAAUGACCGGGUGGAGCUGCCCAGCCGUACCCUCUGCCAGGCCACCCGAGGGCCCUGUGCCAUCGUGGAGCGGGAGCGCGGCUGGCCUGACUUCCUGCGCUGCACCCCUGACCUCUUCCCCGAAGGCUGCCCAAAUGAGAUGCAGAACAUCAAGUUCAACAGUUCGGGCCAGUGCGAGGCUCCUUUGGUUCGGACUGACAACCCCAAGAGCUGGUACGAGGACGUGGAGGGCUGUGGGAUCCAGUGCCAGAACCCGCUAUUCACCGAGGCUGAGCACCACGACAUGCACAGCUACAUCGCCACCUUCGGGGCAGUCACAGGCCUCUGCACGCUCUUUACCCUGGCCACAUUUGUGGCUGACUGGCGGAAUUCGAAUCGCUACCCCGCUGUCAUUCUCUUCUAUGUCAAUGCGUGUUUCUUUGUGGGGAGCAUUGGCUGGCUGGCCCAGUUCAUGGACGGCGCCCGCCGGGAGAUCGUCUGCCGGGCAGAUGGCACCAUGAGGCUUGGGGAGCCCACCUCCAACGAGACCCUGUCCUGCGUCAUCAUCUUUGUCAUCGUGUACUAUGCCCUGAUGGCUGGUGUUGUCUGGUUUGUGGUCCUCACCUAUGCCUGGCACACUUCCUUCAAAGCCCUGGGCACCACCUACCAGCCUCUCUCCGGCAAGACCUCCUACUUCCACCUGCUCACAUGGUCACUCCCCUUUGUCCUCACCGUGGCAAUCCUUGCCGUGGCCCAGGUGGAUGGGGACUCUGUGAGCGGCAUCUGUUUCGUUGGCUACAAGAACUACCGAUAUCGGGCCGGCUUCGUCCUGGCUCCGAUUGGCCUGGUGCUCAUUGUAGGAGGUUACUUCCUCAUCCGAGGAGUCAUGACUCUGUUUUCCAUCAAGAGCAACCAUCCCGGGUUGCUGAGUGAGAAGGCUGCCAGCAAGAUCAACGAGACCAUGCUGCGCCUGGGCAUUUUUGGCUUCCUGGCCUUCGGCUUUGUGCUUAUCACCUUCAGCUGCCAUUUCUACGACUUCUUCAACCAGGCUGAGUGGGAGCGGAGCUUCCGGGACUAUGUGCUGUGCCAGGCCAACGUGACCAUCGGACUGCCCACCAAGAAGCCCAUCCCCGACUGUGAAAUCAAGAAUCGCCCUAGCCUCCUGGUGGAGAAGAUCAACCUGUUUGCCAUGUUUGGAACCGGCAUUGCCAUGAGCACCUGGGUCUGGACCAAGGCCACGUUGCUCAUCUGGAGGCGCACCUGGUGCAGGUUGACUGGGCAGAGUGAUGAUGAGCCCAAACGCAUCAAGAAGAGCAAAAUGAUUGCCAAGGCCUUCUCCAAGCGGCGUGAGCUGCUCCAGAACCCAGGCCAGGAGCUCUCCUUCAGCAUGCACACUGUCUCCCACGAUGGGCCUGUGGCGGGUUUGGCCUUUGACCUCAAUGAGCCCUCCGCCGAUGUGUCCUCUACCUGGGCCCAACAUGUCACGAAGAUGGUGGCUCGGAGAGGAGCCAUACUGCCCCAGGAUGUGUCCGUCACCCCUGUGGCAACUCCAGUGCCCCCGGAGGAGAAAGCCAACCUGUGGCUGGUUGAGGCGGAGAUCUCCCCAGAGCUAGAGAAGCGCCUGGGCCGGAAGAAGAAGCGGAGGAAGAGGAAGGAGGUGUGCCCGCUGGCACCACCUCCUGAACUUCACCCCCCCGCCCCUGUCCCUGCCACCAGCGCUGUUCCUCGCCUGCCUCAGCUGCCCCGGCAGAAGUGCUUGGUGGCUGCAGGGGCCUGGGGAGCUGGGGAAUCCUGCCGACAGAGAGCCUGGACCCUGGUCUCCAACCCUUUCUGCCCAGAGCCCGGUCCCCUGCAGGAUCCAUUUCUGCCCAGUGCUGCAGUUUCCACAGCCUGGGCUCAGGGCUGCCGGCAGGGGCUGGGGCCCAUACACUCCCGCACCAACCUGAUGGAGGCCGAGCUCAUGGAUGCAGAUUCAGACUUCUGAGCCUGGAGAGUGGGACCUGGGCUAGCAAAAAAAAAAAAAAAACACCUCACAUUCUGAGGUUCUUCAUCCUCCCCGAGAGUGCCUCCCCAGGAUCUUGUCUUCUGGAGAACCUGAGGGUGCAGUGCCCUCCCAGGAGGUUUCUCUGUCUGGCUCAUGGCGAUGGGACUGUGGGAAAGGGCCCUGACAUCUCCACGGGUAGGCCUCAUCCAGGGAAGGGUCCUGGAGCUUGGGGUCCUUGUUUCUACCCUGCCAGCUGGAGUCUGGCUGGCAAUAUCCAUCUGCUGGAGGGGGGGACAGUAACGGUAGACAGGGGCAACACCGCCCAGAGUGGGCUGUGGUUGCCAAUGAGGCAGCCAAGCCCAUGCCUGACAGACAAGUGCUGGCUGCCCUUUUCUGGCCCUCUCAGACCAGAUGUGUUUCUUAGGUCAUGAGCCCUUGGUCUAAGUGGGGGCAGGGCUCCCUUCUCCUCCUUCCAGGUGAUUGUGGAGCUGGAAGUGCCCAUUCUCCUACGGGCUAUAAUGUCUCUUCACAGGUGUCCAGUUGGCCUGACCCCAGGCCAGUAAGCAGCCUCCUUCCCCCUUUCCCUUUUCAGUUCAACCAAGCCAACCUCUUCCUGUUUCCCGUUUGUUGAUUAGGACCCAGAACUUCUGCAUGCUCCACCCCUCCCCCAGA